GGCUUCUGGUUCCGGGGCGGCAGUGCGGCGGCGGUACGCUGUUGCGAGCGGCGGGCGGUGAGAGGGCCGCGGUCGGGCGGCACCACGCUUCACCUGCGGACCUGAGUAGGGGCUCACGCGGCCGCCGGUAGUCGCUCCGCCCUCUUGUCCUGGGCCCGUUCGCCCAUUUCCCCCACGGUCGGGGCAAAUGAAUGAGCUUGCGAGGUGACGACGCGGCCCCGGCCCUUCUCAGUGACACCUGCGCAGCGCGGAGCAGCGGGGAUGAACCGGGCCAAGCCGGCCGCCGUGCGCAGGCCCAGCGCCACUGCCAAGCCUUCAGGGCACCCUCCACCAGGAGACUUCAUUGCUCUGGGCUCAAAGGGUCAGACCAGUGACUCCAAAACGACGUCCGCCUUGCUGAAGCCUGCCCCUUCCGGCCUGCCUUCGGAGCGCAAGCGGGAUGCUGCGGCCGCUUUGGCCGGUGCCUCCGCCCUAACCGGCCUCACUAAGCGCCCCAAACUCUCCUCCACACCCCCGCUGAGUGCCCUGGGGCGCCUGGCUGAGGCCGCCGUCGCAGAAAAACGCGCUAUCUCUCCUUCGAUUAAAGAACCGUCUGUGGUCCCGAUUGAAGUUCCACCCACAGUGCUGCUGGAUGAGAUUGAAGCUGCUGAGCUGGAGGGCAAUGAUGACAGGAUUGAGGGCGUGCUGUGUGGGGCAGUGAGGCAGCUGAAGGCCGCCCGGGCCAAGCCCGACAGCACCCUGUACCUGAGCCUCAUGUACCUGGCCAAAAUCAAGCCCAAUAUCUUCGCCACGGAGGGAGUCAUCGAGGCUCUGUGUGGCCUUCUGCGCCGGGACAACUCCAUCAAUUUCAAGGCCAAAGGGAACAGCCUAGUGUCCGUGCUGGCCUGUAACCUCCUCAUGGCUGCCUACGAGGAGGACGAGAACUGGCCGGAGAUCUUUGUUAAGGUGUAUAUUGAAGAUUCCCUAGGGGAGCGCAUCUGGGUGGACAGCCCCCACUGUAAGACCUUCGUGGACAACAUCCAGACGGCAUUCAACACCAGGAUGCCCCCUAAGAGCAUGCUCCUACAGGGGGAGGCGGGGCGCAGCGGGGGGGACCUCAGUGCUGGGAGCAGUCCCCACCCCUCCCUUACUGAGGAAGAGGACAGCCAGACGGAACUCCUGAUUGCCGAGGAGAAGCUCAGCCCUGAGCAGGAGGGCCAGCUCAUGCCCAGGUCUAGGUAUGAUGACCUCACAGAGAGCGUGGAGGAGUAUGUUCUCGACAUGCUUCGGGACCAGCUCAACCGGCGUCAGCCCAUCGAUAAUGUCUCACGGAACCUCCUGCGGCUCCUCACUUCCACCUGUGGGUACAAGGAGGUGCGACUGAUGGCGGUGCAGAGGCUGGAGAUGUGGCUGCAAAACCCCAAGCUGACCAGGCCCGCCCAGGACCUGCUGAUGUCUGUCUGCAUGAACUGCAGCACGCACGGCUCUGAGGACAUGGACGUCAUUUCCCACCUCAUCAAAAUCCGCCUCAAGCCCAAAGUUCUCCUUAACCACUACAUGCUCUGUGUCAGGGAACUGCUGAAUGCGCAUAAGGACAACCUGGGCACCACCAUCAAGUUCGUGAUCUUCAAUGAGCUUUCCAAUGCCCGGAACCCAAACAACAUGCAGAUCCUCUACACUGUGCUGCAGCACAGCUCGGAGCUGGCGCCCAAGUUCCUGGCCAUGGUGUUCCAGGACCUGCUGACCAACAAGGACGACUACUUGCGGGCCUCGCGGGCCCUGCUCCGGGAGAUUAUCAAGCAGACCAAGCACGAGAUUGACUUCCAGGCCUUCUGCCUCGGGCUUAUGCAAGAGCGCAGGGAGCCACAGCACCUGGACAUGGAGUUCAAGGAACGCUUUGUGGUACACGUCACAGAUGUGCUGGCUGUGUCCAUGAUGCUGGGCAUAACUGCCCAGGUGAAGGAGGCCGGGAUCGCCUGGGACAAAGGAGAGAAGAAGAACUUGGAGGCGCUGCGCUCCUUUCAGAACCAGAUAGCAGCGAUCCAGCGGGAUGCAGUGUGGUGGCUGCACACUGUGGUGCCAUCUAUCAGCAAGCUCGCGCCGAAGGACUACGUGCACUGCCUCCACAAGGUGCUCUUCACAGAGCAGCCAGAGACCUACUAUAAGUGGGACAAUUGGCCCCCCGAGAGCGACCGCAACUUCUUCCUUCGCCUCUGCUCGGAGGUGCCCAUCCUGGAGGACACGCUGAUGCGCAUCCUGGUCAUUGGGCUGUCCCGGGAGCUCCCGCUCGGCCCUGCAGAUGCCAUGGAGCUUGCUGACCACCUGGUGAAGCGAGCUGCAGCCGUGCAGGCGGAUGAUGUGGACGUACUGAAGGUAGAGCGGGUCCAGCUCAUCGACGCCGUGCUGAACCUGUGCACGUACCACCACCCUGAGAACAUCCAGCUGCCCCCCGGGUACCAGCCUCCAAACCUUGCCAUCUCAACCCUCUACUGGAAGGCCUGGCCCCUCCUGCUGGUCGUCGCUGCAUUUAACCCAGAGAACAUUGGCCUGGCUGCCUGGGAGGAGUACCCAACGCUGAAGAUGCUCAUGGAAAUGGUGAUGACCAAUAAUUACUCCUACCCACCAUGCACCCUGACGGAUGAGGAGACACGGACAGAGAUGAUCAGUCGGGAGCUGCAGAUUUCCCAGCGGGAGAAGCAGGAAAUCCUGGCAUUCGAGGGCCACCUGGCAGCUGCCUCUACCAAGCAGACCAUCACUGAGAGCAGCAGCCUCCUCCUGUCUCAGCUUACCAGCCUGGACCCCCAAGGACCCCCACGGCGGCCACCCCCCCACAUCCUAGAGCAAGUGAAAGGCCUUAACCAGUCCCUCCGCCUGGGGCACCUGCUGUGUCGGAGCCGGAACCCCGACUUCCUCCUCAAUAUCAUCCAGAGGCAGGCCUCUUCGCAGUCCAUGCCCUGGCUGGCCGACCUGGUGCAGUCCAGCGAGGGCUCCCUGGACGUGCUGCCUGUACAGUGCCUGUGUGAGUUCCUGCUGCACGACGCCGCCGACGACUCUGCCUCUGGCGGCGAGGAAGAGGAGGGCGAGAGUAAGGAGCGGAAGGCCAGGAAGCGGCAGAGGCAGCAGAAGCAGAGGCAGCUCCUGGGCCGCCUGCAGGACCUGCUGCUGGGCCCCAAGGCCGAUGAGCAGACCACGUGUGAGGUGCUGGACUACUUCCUGCGGCGCCUCGGCUCCUCCCAGCUGGCUUCCAGGGUGCUGGCCAUGAAGGGCUUGUCCCUGGUGCUCUCAGAGGGAAGCCUGCGGGACGGGGACAAGGAGCCCCCGAUGGAAGAGGACUCAGGGGACGCGGAGACGUUGCAGGGCUAUCAGUGGCUGCUGCGAGACCUUCCCAGGCUGCCUCUGUUCGACAGUGUCAGGGCCACCACCGCCCUGGCGCUGCAGCAGGCCAUCCACAUGGAGACUGACCCACAGACCAUCAGCGCCUACCUGGUCUACUUGUCCCAGCACACGCCCGUGGAGGAGCAGGGCCAGCACAGUGACCUGGCCCUGGAUGUGGCCCGGCUCAUCGUGGAGCGCUCCACCAUCAUGUCCCACCUCUUCUCGAAGCGCUCCUGCAGUGCCGAGUCAGACGCUGUGCUUGUGGCCCUGCUUUCCAUCUUCUCCCGCUACGUGAGGCGCAUGCGCAAGAGCAAGGAGGGAGAGGAAGUCUACAGCUGGUCAGAGUCACAGGACCAGGUUUUCCUCCGCUGGACCAGUGGUGAGACGGCCACCAUGCACAUCCUGGUGGUCCACGCCAUGGUCAUUCUCCUGACGCUGGGGCCGCCCCACACUGAUGAUGGCGAGUUCCAGGCUCUGCUGGACAUCUGGUUCCCGGAGAAGAAGCCUCUGCCCACGGCCUUCCUGGUGGACACCUCAGAGGAGGCUCUGCUGCUGCCCGACUGGCUGAAGCUGCGCAUGAUCCGCUCAGAGGUCCCUCGCCUGGUGGAUGCUGCCCUGCAGGACCUGGAGCCACAGCAGCUGCUGCUUUUCGUGCAGUCCUUCGGUAUCCCCGUGUCCAGCAUGAGCAAGCUCCUCCAGUACCUGGACCAGGCAGUGGCGCAUGACCCCCAGACACUGGAGCAGAACAUCAUGGACAAAAGUGCUGAGCCCCGGCUGUGGUCCACAGAUUACAUGGCUCACCUGGUGGAAGUUCAGCACGAGAGAGGAGCAUCCGGAGGCCAGACGUUCCACUCCCUGCUCACAGCCUCCCUGCCCCCUCGGCGAGACAGUGCAGAGGCGCCAAAGCCCAAAAGCAGCCCAGAGCAGCCUCCGGGCCAAGGCAGGAUCCGGGCCGGAACUCAGGUGCGGGUGCUCAGCCCUGAGGACGACCUGGCCAGCAUGUUCCUUCAGAUCUUCCCGCUGAGCCCCGGCCCACGGUGGCAGAGCUCCAGUGCCCGCCCUGUUGCCCUUGCAUUGCAGCAGGCCCUGGGCCAGGAGUUGGCACGCGUCCGCCAGGGGAGUCCUGAGGUGACAGGUGUCACAGUGCGCCUCCUGCAGGCCAUUGCCACCCUUCUUAGCUCCCCGCAUGGCGGGGCCUUGGCUCUGGCCAUGCACCGAAGCCACUUCCUCGCCUGCCCUCUAAUGCGCCAACUUUGCCAGUACCAGCGCUGCGUGCCCCAGGACCCUGGCUUCUCAUCGCUCUUCCUCAAAGUGCUCAUGCAGAUCCUGCAGUGGCUGGAGAGCCCCGCUGGGGAGGGUGGGCCUCUGCAGGCCCAGCUCAAGCUGUUUGCCUCCCAGUACUCGGCCCGGCGCAGGAUCAGUGACGUGCGGAGCGGUUUUGUGCACCUGGCGGAGGCUCUGGCAUUCCGCGGGGACUUGGAGGUGGUCAGUUCCACAGUCCGAGCCAUUGUCGCCACCCUUAGGUCUGGGGAGGAGUGUGGCGUGGAACCCGAGCUCAUCGGUGAAGUGCUCCGGGGCCUGAUCGAGGUGAGGUCGCCGCACCUGGAGGAGCUGCUGGCCGCGCUCUUCUCUGCCCCUUCUGCCUUCCCAGCCUCGCGGCCCACUGCAGUGGUGAGCUCGCUGCUGCUGCAAGAGAAGCAGGCAUCCCCAGCUCCCGGGGAGCAGGACAGCAGCCACAGCCUGGAGGCCGUGCAGCUGGGACCUUGCUCUGGGCUCCUUGUUGACUGGCUGGAGAUGCUGGACCCUGAGGUGAUCAGCAGCUGCCCCAACCUGCAGCAGAGGCUCCUGUUCUCCCGCAGCAAGGGCAAAGGCCAUCCUGGCCCCCAGGUGCCAUCUUUCCGACCUUACCUCCUGGCCCUCCUCACACACCAGUCCAACUGGUCCACACUGCACCAGUGUGUUCGUAUCCUCCUGGGAAAGAACCGUGAGCAGAGGUUUGACCCUUCGGCCUCUCUGGACUUCCUGUGGGCCUGCAUCCAUGUGCCCCGUAUUUGGCAGGGGAGGGACCAGCGCACCCCUCAGAAGCAACGGGAGGAGUUGGUGCUGCGGGUCCAGGCCCCGGAACUCAUUGGCCUGGUGGAGCUCAUCCUGGCAGAGGCUGAGACCAAGAGCCAGGAUGGGGUCACUGCCUGCAGCCUCCUCCAGGCUAGGCUGCCCUUGCUGCUCAGCUGCUGCCGUGGAGAUGAUGAAAGCGUCAGGAAGGUGACAGCGCACCUUACAGGCUGCAUCCAGCAGUGGGGCGACAGCGUGCUGGGCAAGCGCUGCCAAGACCUGCUUACGCAGCUGUACUUGCAGUGGCCUGAGCUCCGCGUCCCUGUGCCCGAGGGCCUGCUGCACAGCGAAGGUGCCGCCAGUAGCAGCACCUGCAAGGUCUUCGUGGCAUCUGCCCACCUGGGCAGCCAGCGGUGGAGCACCGUCUGGCAGGCCUCGAGAGGACCUGCUGCCGGCCCCACUUGCCAGUACCACCGAGGGAAGUUGGUUUUCUCCAAGCCUUUCCUUCUAUCUGUUAUUCUGCAUGUUCUUCGUUUAACAGCUGUCUUGGCCCAUAGCCUUGAGGGCUUCUGUGUAUUUGGCAGGAGGUUGACUCCAGAUGCCAGGUGUGCAGAUUGUGUGGGAACUGGCCAUGGUCUCUGCGUGGCCAGGCCCUCAGGAAUGGGGACCUCAGCCUCAGAGACCUGCACAUUGCCCCUGUGGAGCGUUGUUGCAGUCCCCUGGGCAGUGGACUCAGUCUCCAUGAGGCCGAGGGCUAUAGGUGGCCCAGGGCCUCUGACCCCCACCUUCCCUCAGCUGGACAGUCUAAUCCACCGUUUCAUCACCCUCCUCGCGGACACCAGCGAUUCCCGGUCGUCUGAGAACCGAGUGGCCGAUGCCAACAUGGCCUGCCGGAAGCUGGCUGUGGCCCACCCCAUCCUGCUGCUCAGGCACCUGCCCAUGAUCGCCGCUCUCCUUCACGGCCGCACCCACCUCAACUUCCAGGAGUUCCGUCAGCAGAACCACCUGACCUUUUUCCUGCACGUGUUGGGCCUGCUGGAGCUGCUGCAGCCUCAGGUGUUUCAGAGCGAGCACCAGGGGGCGCUGUGGGACUGCCUGCGCUCCUUCCUGCACUUGCUGCUGAACUACAGAAAGUCCUCCCGCCACCUGGCCCCCUUCAUCAGCAAGUUCGUGCAGCUCACGCACAAAUAUGUCACCUGCAACGCCCCGGCAGCCAUCUCCUUCCUGCAGAAACACUCGGAUGCGCUCCAUGACCUCUCCUUCGACAGCAGUGACCUGGUGAUGCUCAAGUCCCUCCUUGCAGGGCUGAGCCUUCCCAGCAGAGGCAGCAGAGCCGACCGAGGCCUGGAUGAGGAGGGCGAGGAUGAGAGCUCAGCAGGCUCCCUGCCUCUGGUCAGCAUCUCUCUCUUCACUCCUCUGACUGCAACUGAAAUGGCCCCCUACAUGAAGAGGCUUUCCUGGGGCCAGACCGUCGAGGAUCUACUGGAGGUGCUGAGUGACAUAGACGAGAUGUCCCGGCGUAGGCCAGAGGUCCUGGGCUGCUUCUCGACGAGCCUGCAGCGGCUGAUGAGCUCCGAGGAGGAGGCCUGCCGUACCCUGGCGUUCACCCUGGCCCUGCGCUCUGUCCAGAAUGACCCCAGCAUUGCAGCAGACUUCCUGCCCACAUUCAUGUACUGUCUGGGCAGCCGGGACUUUGAGGUGGUACAGACGGCCCUCAGGAACCUUCCCGAGUACACUCUCCUCUGCCAAGAGCACGCAGCCGUGUUGCUGCACCGGGCCUUCCUGGUGGGCAUGUAUGGCCAGAUGGACACCAGCACCCAGAUCUCUGAAGCCCUGAGGAUCCUGCACAUGGAGGCGGUGAUGUGAGCCCGUUGACAGCUUCACCACGUGCCAGCCUGGGUCCCACAGCAGGUGGGCUGGGCCCCAGGCCAAGCCCAGCCAGCGUCUGGUACCCUGGUAGCCUCCCCUGGGAUGGGGACACUGAGCUGCCCCAGGGUAGGCAGGCAGCACCCAGCCCAUGGCCAGCAACUGGGUGUAGGGUGGUGGGGAGGGGGUGCUGUCUGCCCUGGGGGCUGCCCUGCCUGCAAGUGACGGGUCUGUAGCCCAGCCUGGAGGAGCUGCAAUGUGGCUGAGGGACUGCUUUUCAAUAAAAUGUGCUGAACCUCUUGU